CCCCGAGGCCGCAGCCGCGUUGACCCCCGCGCCUCCCCCUCCUCCUCCACCACCGCAUCGCCUACCUUUACGUCCUCCUCAAGCCCCUUCAUGCCGUCGAAAGGCAUCUCCGGCCCCCUUUUAGCGCCCACCGUCCACCGCCGCUUCCCCCACCGCCUCUCUCUCUCUCUCUCUUCAUCCCCUCUGUCUCUUCACCUCCAGCCACCGCCAACUCCUCCGGACGCCGCUCUUCUUGCUCUGCGCCGGACGGCCGGAGGCCUCCUCCUUCCAGGUGCUGCGGCGUCCAUGUCACUGGAGUUCAGGUCCGAGUGCGAUGACAUCGAGGAGGCCAAGUCCCCCAGCAACACCAGCGUCGCCGCCGUCGCCGUCAAGAACGCUGACGCCUCGGUCUACAAGAUCAUCCACGGCUACCUGAAGCAGAAGAACAACUCCAUCAUCAAAGUCGCCGCCAAUGUCGCCAGGAAAGCGGCCUCCAACAAAUUAUCGAGGAAGACCUCCGAUGUCUUCGACACCUUGCUUCAGAAGCAGCAGAGCAAGUGGGGAAACAAGGCCGGACCGUUGCUUUCUGGGAUCUGUUACUGCAUCGCCUCCUGCAGCAUGAUAUUGCUCAACAAGGUGGUUCUCUCCGGCUACAAUUUCGAUGCUGGAAUAUCGCUGAUGCUAUAUCAGAACUUGAUAAGUGUCGUCAUUCUUCUCUUACUUGAGCUCUUCCAUGUCAUUUCUACGGAGGAACUCACAUGGAAGUUGAUAAAAGUCUGGAUUCCGGUGAAUCUUAUUUUCAUCGGCAUGCUACUAACUGGAAUGUACAGUUUGAAGUACAUAAACGUCGCAAUGGUGACAAUAUUAAAGAAUAUGACAAAUAUUAUAACGGCUAUAGGAGAGAUAUAUAUAUUCAGGAAGGGUCAGAAUAAGAAGGUUUGGGCUGCACUUUUUCUGAUGAUUGUAUCGGCUAUAUGUGGGGGGAUUACAGAUCUCUCUUUCCAUCUAGUUGGCUACACGUGGCAAAUUCUGAAUUGCUUUCUAACAGCAGGCUACUCGCUUACACUAAGGCGCUUGAUGGAUACAGCUAAACAAUCAACAAAAUCUGGCUCCCUCAAUGAAGUUUCUAUGGUGUUACUCAACAAUGCGCUCUCAAUUCCAUUCGCACUCAUUUUGGUUGUAAUCUUCAAUGAGUGGGAAUAUGUUUAUCAAGCUGAAGUUAUCAGAGACCCAAUGUUCUGGGUUGUUGCAACAGCUAGUGGUUUGCUAGGUCUAGCCAUCAGCUUCUCAUCAGUGUGGUUUUUGCAUCGGACUGGUCCAACAACGUACAGUCUUGUUGGUUCUCUGAACAAGAUACCCAUUUCGAUUGCUGGUAUUUUGCUGUUCAAUGUCCCUGUAAGCGUCGAAAAUUUAUGUAGCAUAGUUUUUGGUCUUUUUGCUGGGAUAUUCUUUGCAAAGGCAAAAAUGUCGUCCUAACUGUCAUGUCCCUGUGUCUGUGUGGUUGUAAAGCUGUAACAUGAAAAGUUUCUGCGGCAGCUCUGCCUCUGUACAGAGAUAUGAUCAGAGUCUAUCAACUGUACAGAGAUAUGAUCAGAGUUCAUAAAUUUUUUACAUCCUUUCCCUUCAUUCACAAAGGGUACAGCAUGUGUGUUUGUGUGCCCUCAGUUUUGUAACAUGACAAUGCCAAGGCAGAAGGAACUCUGCAAGGCGAAUCAGCAAUUGGAACUCUGCUAAUCUGAUCAAGAAAUUGAGCAGAAGGAUUAUACUACACAAUAAAGGAAGGACUUAGUGUUUCCGACUUGGUUGUCAUUUGUCAACCAGUCCUCUUCAGGAAUUCAUGGCAAAAACAUCACCGAUCAAUUCGGUUUGUGCCUAUUAUCUCUCUCAAAGAGAGGUAAUUCUAUUUAUCUGAGACUUAGUAUACAAUAUCUAGAUUCAGUGGUGUCCA